AGGAGAUGACGUUGGGCUAAACUCUCGUUAGCACCUGUUUGCCGAUAUACGUCUACUUAUUUAUUUAUUUUUGCUCACGGAAUAUUUCUCCAGUGUUUUUCACAAAUUUUUAAACUGCCGUAUUGAUCUUAAGAUAUGAGGCGACUUAGUAUUGGAAUAUAUGUGCUGACUCAAUCUGUCCAAAUAAUCGCUGCGCACCAAAGCUCACUGCCUUCAGUAAAACAGAAAAACACGGUGCUGCGCUGUCAGGCCAUUCACAAGAGGCAGACUCUUUCAUCCUCAUUCUGCCGUAAUCUCUCCGCUUUUUUCCAGCACAGAACCUUUGUUUACGGCGUAUGUGCCAUUCAUACAUUUGCGAUGAGGCUCGGGUAAUGAUUUCAUCUUAAAUUUUACGUGCACUAGAGUCUAGGGUAUGAAUGGCGUGGUGAACGUCAACGCAGAAGACGUAGGCGAGAAGGAACUACAUUUCCCAAGAUCCAUUGCGUUCUCUUCAGGCUUUGGAAGACCACGGACUACGCAUGCGCAGCCCUACGUGGCAGCGGCAUCAUGGCUUCUUGGCAUCGCUACGGUAGACAUAGAAGAGAUAUCGAAAUGUACAUAUUCUUAUCGCUGGUCAUGCUCGUGUCCAUGGUACAGGCGGUGAAAGUGUCCCCGCUCGUAGAGCAGGUCAGGGACCACAAGGACUUCAAAAAGCUUCUCAGGACCAGAACCAAUGUCCUCGUCCUCUACACCAAGUCGGCUACAUCUGGAGAUGCCCAGCUGAAGCUCCUGUCAGAUGCAGCCCAGGCUGUGAAGGGCCAGGGGACCAUCGCCUGGGUGAACUGUGGGGACUCCGAGGGCCGCAAACUGUGCAAGAAAGUCAAGGUGGAUCCCAGUUCAAAGACCGCCGCGUUCGAGAUCCUCCAUUAUAAGGACGGCGCAUUUCAUACAGAGUACAACAGACCAGCCACACUUAAGUCUAUGGUGGCGUUCCUGAAAGACCCCACAGGUGCCCCGCUGUGGGAGGAGAACCCCGAGGCUAAAGACGUCACUCACAUUGAGACAGAGAAAGACUUCAGGAAACUGCUGAAGAAAGAGGAGAAGCCUGUCCUCGUGAUGUUCUACGCGCCCUGGUGUGGAGUGUGUAAGAGGAUGCAGCCAAUCUUCCAACAGGCAGCCACAGACACAAAGGGCAAAUAUGUGCUGGCGGGGAUGAAUGUGCACCCUUCCGAGUUCGACGGCCUUAAGCAGGAGUUCGGCAUCAAGGGCUACCCUACCUUCUGCUACUUCGAGAAAGGGAAGUUCCUGCAUCACUACGAGAACUACGGCGCCACGGCCAAGGACAUCGCCGACUGGCUUAAGAACCCCCAGCCACCACAGCCAAACACCCCAGAGGUCCCGUGGUCUGAGUCUGACUCACCUGUCUUCCACCUGACCGAUGAGUCCUUCGACGCCUUCUUGGAGGAGCGGCAGUCGGUCCUGGUCAUGUUCUACGCUCCCUGGUGCGGCCACUGCAAGCGGUUGAAGCCCGAGUACGAUGCGGCCGCGGAGGUCGCCAACGUUGAGCCGAAUAGUCCAGGUGUGUUGGCAGCAGUGGACGCCACUGUCCACAAGUCAGUGGCCGAGCGAUUCCAGGUCACCAGCUUCCCCACGGUGAAGUACUUUGAGAGAGGCGAAGAGAAGUACACACUGCAGCAGCUCCGGACCAAAGACAAGAUCCUGGAGUGGCUGAAGAACCCGCAAGCCCCACCUCCUCCGGAGCAGUCGUGGGAGGAGAAGCCGUCCAGCGUGAGCCAUCUCGGGGCCGAGGACUUCAGGGACACUCUGAAGAAGAAGAAGCACGCCUUGGUCAUGUUCUACGCCCCGUGGUGCCCGCACUGCAAGAACGCCGUCCCCCACUUCACUGCGGCCGCCGAGCUUUUCAAAGAGGACCGUAAGAUUGCGUACGCCGCUGUGGACUGCACCAAAGGACAGAACCACGAGCUGUGCAAGCAGGAGGGUGUGGAAGGCUACCCAACCUUCAGCUACUACAAUUAUGGCAAAUUCGGCGAGAAAUAUACCGGCGACAGAGGGGAGGCUGGCUUCACCGGGUUUAUGAGGACCCUAAGAGGACGGGACCAAGACAAGGCGGGAAAGCGAAAGGAGGAGCUCUAAUUGUGGGCGUGGCCUCUAAACAUGGGAGGAGCCUGUCGUUGCACUGUGACCUGGACAGGGACCUCCUAGCACUGAUGGCACACUCGAACACCUCAGAUUAAAGGAGGCUCUUUGUUUAAAUUUUUUUUUUUAAAUCCCGCCGUGCCCUUACAUUUGUAAUACCAAUGUACAACCAUGAGACCACUUCAGAUUUUGCUUUGUUUUCUUCAUAGACGCUCCGUGAGAAGGACGAUUGCUCCCAGAUACUGUGAAUGCAGUUAAUGAAACUACGUUUUAAAUCUAUGCAAUACUGAACCCUCAUCCCUGGAUCGUCACGAUGAGUGGUUUCUGUGUGGAGGGGGGGACUCUUCAGCUCCUGCUGUAUAAACCAAUCUUCUCUCCUACCCUUGCUAUCCGAUCUCCACGUUUGCCAAAACCACGUCUCAUGAAGAGGAGCCGUCCAUGUACAAUCACAUCUUCAGAUAUUUUUUUACAAAAAAUAAAAAUAUAAAUUUAUCUUGGUCUUCAGAAAGACAACAGAAGAUAAGGGGCAUGUAGCUGAAAUAUGUGGCCUUAUAUGAGUGAAUAAAUGGAAUUGCAGUGGUGCUGCGCACCUGAGACUAUCAGCGAAUUGCUGGAACCAAAAUACAGCAGCUUCUGAGUUGUGUUUUGAGGUUGUCGGAUUCUGUAUACCUGGUCUUGAUGUGUUUUGUUGUCAGCUGUGAACGAAUAAAAUACUAAACAAAAUGGAAAAUGCCAAAAAGUAGAGUUUAGCGGUUAACACCACUUUGGGUUCCAAAAACUACUCCAGUUGAUGCAUUUGUUAAUGCUGACCACAUCGCAUAUUUCACCUCCUCCAUGCAUGUCUGCUAGCGAAACGCUGAGGGCUCUACAGCAAAAAUUAAAACAAAAAGCAAAAGUUAAACCCAACAGUGCUGACCCAACAGGAAUCUUAGUCCAGCUGAACUCUCACGUGUACCGCACACUAAGUAGAAAUUGACAUUUCAUGAUCGAGAUUGAAGGACUCAAGCUAAAGAAUCCCGAAUGCUUGUUGUAUUGUUUUGUUUAUUGUCCCUUCUCAGUCGAGAACAACAAUUUAUAGAACAAUCCAGUUUCAUAGGAAUUGGGACUAUUCGAGGCAUUAUUAACAAUAAGAACCAUAAUCAUCUUUUUCGUUCUCCCAUUCUCGUUAGAUUAAGUGUGCUAAUAUUUUCCUUUUCACCUGUAAUGAAGUUCCAGCUCACGCAGACGGUCUAGAGCAGGACCCCUGUGGUCUUCGAAACCUUACAAAGCUCUAAACGCCACCAUCAACCUUCACAUCUUCUCGCCUUUGCCAUUACCAUGUAUUAUUCAUUCUGUACUGUACCUUUUAAUCGGAGAGUCUGCUGUUAACGAGGAGAGAGAGGAGAAAAUGUCUAGUCAUCAGAGCAGCCGGCGUAAUGUGGUCCUGGAGGUUCCAGAGGCAGUCGAUCAGACCCGACCCGAGCGCUCCUACCGAUACUGGAACCGUCACCAUUAUCUUCACUACUGUAGUAAAAACUCCCAGCUCAAGGCGCUAAUACAUAUUUAAUAGGCUUAUGUGUAGCUGAACUCGUUUGAUUAUUCAACACUUUGAUUCUGUUCAUUAUGAAUAAAGUACUCAGGGCUAGCGGAGCACGUGUUUGGUAUUGGCAUAUCAGCUUUGUAUCCGGCAUCACAGAAUUCGGAACUGUUUACAUUUGUCUUUGGGAGCAGGCACAAAGAAGCAGUAAUAGGAAUUCAGCAAGGAAAGCUGAAGGCGUCUGCACAUGGUGAUUUCAGGAUCGGAACGGUGUGAUCACACGUGCAAAUUUCUUUUGGGUCAGUUAUCAGUCAGCCAGUCGUUUCAGCUGUCAUUAGGAACGGAUAAAGACCUCAUCUGAAUUUCUCUUAGUCUCAUCAUGCUCUACGUGACGCCACUGAAAAUGUGUUAUACCUGAAUAUCAAGGAAAUGUUAGAAUGUUCUAAUCUCUACAAAAUAUGUGUCCAGUGUAAUGUAAUAAUUUCGUGGUCCAGGGGUCUUUGUACCAAAGUAGUGUUCUGCUCUGAGAGAAAUCCUGCUUUGUCUUAAUCCCAAAGGUUUCUAUAUUAUGGGGAACUAUCACAUUGAUGCCAAGAAGUCACUUUCGCCUUUAUUGAUUUAUAUAUCCAGAUGUGUGUACAGUCUUUUCCCCCGUGAAUGUGCAUACUGCAAAAUAAAAAAGGCAUACAUUUCCCAGAA